AUGAACCCAUUCCUCACGAUCCUCGGCCUCGUGGCCCUGCUCAUCCCAACACUAUACCUCUACACGGUGAGCAUCGCGUCGGCGCGGUUCCCGACGCUGCGCAACCGGCGCAUCUGCCUGCUGAUCGCGCACCCGGACGACGAGGCCAUGUUCUUCGCGCCGACCGUGCUGGCCCUGACGCAGCCCCGGCUGGGCAACCACGUCAAGAUCCUGUGCCUGAGCAGCGGCGACGCGGCCGGGCUGGGCGAGACGCGCAAGAGGGAGCUGGUCAAGAGCGGGAUGGUGCUGGGGCUGCGGAAGGGGGAGGACGUCUAUGUUGUUGAUGACGAUGUGAACUUCCCCGACUCAAUGACCACAACCUGGUCAACAGAAAAGAUCUCCGCCCUCCUCCGCGACGCCUUCGCCCCAACCAACAACACCAACACAACAGCAACGGCCACAGCCACAGGCGAGCCCCCAAAAGCCACAAUCGACGUCCUCAUAACCUUCGACAAGGGCGGCAUAUCCUCCCACCCGAACCACAUCUCCCUCUACCACGGCGCGCGCCACUUCGUCGCCUCCCUGGCGGCCAACAGGCCCGGCUGGGCCAGCCCCGUCGACAUGUACACGCUGACGACAGUGAACGUGGCGCGCAAGUACGCCGGCAUAAUGGACGUGUUCGCCACGCUGGGCGCCACGGCCCUCGACGUCUGGCGGGGCGGGGCCGUGGGCAACAAGGGCAACAAGGGCAAGGACGGGCGCAGGCGGCCCGCCGCGCUGGUGUACAUGCACGACUUCGGGGCCGGCGGCUGGGCCACGGCGCGCGAGGCCAUGACGCGCGCCCAUGUGAGCCAGAUGGUGUGGUUCCGCUGGGGGUGGAUCACCAUCAGCCGAUAUAUGUUUAUGAACGACUUGAGGCUGGAAAAGGGGCUGGGAGAUGCCCAUGCAAGCCCCGUCUAG